AGGCCUUUGGCUUAUAAUGACUUGCAGCUAAAUGAACGGUGGGCUUCAUUGGUGCCAUGGAGGAUGGACGGCCUCGUGUAACACUGAUCGCCAAGGCAGACAAGGCCGACAAGGCUGAGAAGUUGGCUGAGCCUCCUGAGUUGCUGGGUGAUGGGCGCCUUCGACCCGCACCUGCGCGUGUUCGGCCCAGAGAAGAGAAGGAAGCCACGGUGACGGUGGUGCGGCCUAGCCCGCGAAAGACGGUGCCCAGCAACAUGGUCAAGACUCCUCAAAGUGGGACUGCGGGGACGACGGGGACUGCGGCUUUGGCUCCCAGUUCAGUGAGCCCAGCCAAAGCCCGGAUGCCAGCGAAGCGGUCUGCUGCAGCCAGUGGACUGGAUGCAAAUGGAUCCAUCCCAAAGCGCAAGGGGGUCAGCAAUGCCUUGAAAGUCGGCGUUCCCGUGCCACGUGCACCAAAUAAGUCACCUGCUGUACCAACAACAGUGAAAUCGAAUGGUGCAGAUGCAGAUGUUGUGGUGACCUCUGCUAUAGUGAAACCACCAGCGCCUCCCAGAGCUGCUGAUGCCCCACCACUCUCUGCGGCUCUGUUCAAUGUCGGAGGGCAGACGUUCCAAGUGGCAGCGAAGCUCAUCAGAUCAAAGGCUGAUACUUUGCCCGCGAAGCUGUUGGCCAAGGCUGCAGAUCCUACUAGACCACUACAUGUCCCGGUGGAUAUUUGCCCUGAACGAUUUCGAAUCUUGCUGGACUGGUAUCGCUAUGGCGAGAUUUGGGUGCCCAAUACUGUGGCAACCAAAGCUGUCCUACGAGAUGCGGCGCGUUUGGAUUUCCCAAACGAGAUUGUCGUGAAUGGUGUGCUGCGCAGCCUGCACCAGUUAGAUGCCAAUCAAGUUGGGCGAUCAUUGCUCACCGGAGUCAUCAACAGGUGGCAAGGCUUCCAGCCCUUUUUUGCAAACGUUCUGAGCCAGAUAGACGAACACUUCAAGUCUGUUGCGUCGCAGUCUGCAGCUAGCGUCGAAGCAAAGGACGAGGAAGCAGCGUGUGCAGAAGAGGCAUUUGAUUUCCCCCGUUUUGUCGUCCCACUCUUCAGCGAGGAGGGAUGGGUGUCGCCGAACCAUAUUUGUAGUGCAUCCAGGGCGCGAAUCUUGGCGCUGAAGUUGGAGGAGCUGGGGUACCUCUGUGAAUUUUCGGAUGCGGACUUGCUGGUCAGCUUGCCUCUCAAGCUUCGAUGCGAGCUACAAGCUGCGGGUGGUCACGAAGGAGUUGGAGAGCCUCCGCCUCAAAGUGAAGCAAAAGACGGUGUAGGCGUAGGCGGCAUAGGUGUAAAAAAUGCAUACCUUGCCAAGACUGGAGCUUAGCUCUUGAACAGCUCAGAGUCUCAGGUUUCAGGUUGUUAGCUCCCAUGGGUGAGGAAGCAAAGUGCUUGCUCAUCCAUUCUAAACGACAUGGUGAACUUGAUGUGGUAGAAGGAAAGCGUGUCGUCUGGAA